AUGGCACACCUUAACUCGAGUCCGCUUCUUCCGCAAAUGCGCCUGACCCCCGCUAAAAUCAGACGGCCUUCGCGGUCUCCGUCACGUUCCCCUGAGCGGAAGUCUCAGUUCUCCUACCAUGUCCUAGACCCUCUGCUCAGUAACCUCUCGCCCGAGUCGACCCUUGAGGCGCUGACUUCCGUCGAUGCCGUUCCUAAGAACGAAAAGACGGCGCAAGACCUACUGACGCGGAGUAUCUCAAAGGUGUCCACGGACGAACGCGCGCUUGGGAUUCGGGCAGCGGUGGCAGCAAAGAAGCUAAAAGAAUGGUACAGAGAAGUUCUCGGGUGGGGAUGGCCGAGGAAGGCAGAUGCUCAACUGGGGAAAGGGUUCAUUCCGCCAACGCGGACGACGCAAGAUGAGUCUGGUACCAUCAAAUCAGAAGAAGAAUACUUUGGCAGCCUCCCAGCGGAAAUGGUCAAGCGAUACGAGACACGAAUCGAAGAGAUCCGUGAUGGUAUGGAUAGCCUGGACGUCGAAGAGUUGAAGGAACACGUCCUCAACGCCCAUAUUCCCUCUCGCUCCCGGCCGUCGUCGUCAGCCAGUACGAUAUCCGUCGGCCCACCCUCGUUCAGCUAUGUUCAAUUGAGCGAUUUCACCGCUAUAGUAACAGCUACCAUCCUGCGACUGCUUCCCACUUUAUCUCGUUUGAAUUUCCUUCUCACUACCUGGGACGUCCGUCUGCUCGUCCUCCGUCAAAUACCUGGUCUCUUAAGUCGACUUGAGAAAGCACGUGCCACAAUGGACUCCUCAAUGGCCGCUCUGAAGCCGGCCCAAUCCCUCAAGGAAGAUACUUUCUUUUCAAGAGAUGCAUUUCAUGCAAAGCGAGCUGAACUAGAAGCACUAGUCGUCUCUGCGGGAAGAAGGAUGGACAACAUACUCGACGCUCUGGAAGGCCGCGAGGACUCUCUACCCGAGGCGUGGAUCGAUGACUUGGAAGCCAUAGAAGCUGACUUCGGCACAUGGGCUAUCGAAGCCGAGAAACGUGUUGUCAUGAAUGAGUUAAUGCGCCUAAAUAAACCGAAACUGGAACUGGCCGUUGAAGCUAAAGAACCGGAGGCGCCAAUACCUGAAUUGGUUCCACGGGAACGUCCCUCAAAACCAGAAACGCCUGCUUUGGAGGUCAACAGCACUCCAGAGAGUCAGUCCAUUGCCAAUACCAAGAAUGAGGACCUUCCAGAGGCCAAUAUCAACGCACAAGAGGUCUCGAAUGAUCGGAAGCUCGUCGAAAUCAGCGCGAAUAUCUCGGGAUCUACAUCCAACACUAUCCCUUAUGGGGUUGAGAACAUUCCUACAAAGACCAUAGAUACACCUUCAGAUCCUAUUUCAAGAACCUCAUUUGACAAUGUCCAGUCAGAAACGCCAAAGCAGAAAGUCGACAGGGUAGCCCCUACCGGUGCAGCAGAUAUGACACCUCAACCAUCCGCUAUCCAAUUAGAUCAACCCGCGGAUCUUGAUAUACACCGUCCUCCACGAGAGACUUUGGAUGACCGGCUUUCAGAUAUCUCUGAAGAGAUGUCAACGGAUAACCAAGUGUCUCCCACUGGAGAGAAAGAUUUGCCUUCACCUAACGAUCAAAUGCAGGGAUCAUCACAUACAAGUGGUGAUAUGCAAACUGCCCCAGAGGACUUGCCGCAGAAUCUAACGUCUCCUUCUGAGGCUGGAACAGUGUUUGACAAGGAACUGGAGCCACGGCCCGUGUCUAGUUCAAAUCCCAACCCUCACACGAGCGACGGAGAAUUGUCGGAUGACGAGAGCACAUCUUCAUCAGGUCCCGCUGCCCAAGGCGACAAUCAAGCACGAAUUUCCCCGACGUCUAAUGUUUCCGGCGAUAGAGAUCAGGCUAUACGUGUGGAGAACGCUGCUGCGUAUGGAGACGACUCGCCUUCGGAGGAUUGCUCACUACCUCGAUCAUUAGCCCUCGAUGGCACCACUGAAAACGAGUCACAAAGUGCGCCACAGCAGCGCUCUGAUGCAUCGGAAGAUGAGAUAACUCCCUCUAUCGAACAUUUGGACCAUGAUACACCCACUCUUGAGGAUAUCUCCACACCAGUUGUCAAGCCCUCAGGCGCACUAAACCUACCGGACGUUCCUACUGAGAGGUUAUCUGAUAUCGCAACGACUAAGAUGACCGGAAGUGAAGAUAAUAACGACAGUGAAUUCCGGAAGGAGGGUCCUGUUUUGACGGAUCUGUCACAAGUGGCACAUGAUAUCUUCAUGGGGCCAUCCGAGCUACAAGAUUCGGCACCACUCGAGGGAACCAACGCGGAUACGCCGACAAAGCCUGAGCCUUCUGAAUACCCCCCAAAUAGCUCACCACAUGGCGUUCCAUUCUCUUCUCUUUUCUCCAAGCCUCGGGACCGUUCUAGCGAUGACGCCAGAAAUCAAGACCGUAUUGGAUCUGUCAGCACUAAGCCAGACGGCAACCUUACUGAUGUGGAUGAAGAAUCAUCACCAAAACUUGGUCUCGAAAGCCCGAUUAGGAUGUCCAAACUGAGGCCGAAGCCUUUGAGCUCCGCAAAGGGUCAGCCUAAGCCAUACCGUCGGGAUCCCUCCGAUGUCUCUGGUGCUGAGUCCCCGAUCUCUGAUUAUCCGUCAUUGUUAUCAAGCCCGGAAACCAGAGAAGCCUACACUUGUGGAUCGCCGACGACUCCGCUGGUUACUGAGACGCCUACCCCUCCUCGAAAUGACCAUUUAUCUACUGAGCAUGCUCGAAGCAACAGCCAGGCUACUUUGCGACAGGAGCAUCUAUUCAACUUCGACCGCCAUCGUGGGCCCAGUCGUCCUGAAUUCAAACACUGCCGAACAGCAAGUCUUCCAUUGCAGCGAUUCAUCAAUGAAGACGUGGAUCAAGAUUAUGAUGAUGAUUUCGUCAAUCUGGAGUCACUGGAGCGAAGUCCUAGUCCAUCACCUGAACAGAUACCUAACGAUGAGCUGCCUCCGCUACGGAAACGAGUCAUUCCUGCUGAUCUUCGCAGGCGCGCACCCGCUACUAAGCAUUCGACUUCUGCUGCUCUUAACUUCUCUACUCCCGAAACAGGAACCAGAAACGCCAUGGCUAAAAGGCAGGGUGGGCGGGAGACUUCAGAAUCUCCGCAUCUCCCUGAGAAGAUAAAAAAGCCCAGUUCUUGGAAAGCCUCAAGUGUCCCUGCACGGUCAAAUAAGCGGUUGAAUACACAGGAAACUGAUAUGUUCGAUGGAUCUUCCGUGACGGGUCCAGCUUAUGCGCUUACCCCAUCUGAACUUAGUCGUCCAGCGAGUCCGUCGGCCAAAACGACGGGAGAUGAGCUCGAAGACAAAAUCAACUCGAUUCUAAAUACCCUUCCAGCACGAAUCCAUCUCACGCACGCACCAACUACAGACGGACCUGCCGGGAACUCUUUAGCGCCCUCUCAAAGGAAUGAGCGUCUAGGUUCAGUGUCUCCCCGCUGGCCUUCAAGUCGGAGCAGCACGCCUACACCGUCGUUAUAUCUCACCCCUGCGUAUAACCGGGCUCGGCGUCCUCGAUCGUAUGCAAGUGAGGAGAGUUCCGUCAGGGUCUAUCAUCUUCAUCGCGGAAAAACAGCACCUCCGACUAAGCUGUUUGUCCGCACUGUUGGAGAGGGUGGAGAACGAGUAAUGGUGCGAGUUGGUGGAGGCUGGGCCGAUUUGGGCGAAUACUUGAGAGAAUAUGCCAUUCAUCAUGGCUCGCGAAGAGUGUCGUCGGACCAACAAAAGGUUGAGGUGCAGGAGAUUCCAUCUCAUUCGUCGCCCUCCCAUUCGUCGCCUGGCAGUACCCUGACCCAGCCUUCUAACAAUGGCAGAACAACUCCAUCUCGCCCUGGCUCUUCUCUCAGUUCGCGAUCCCCUUCUUCGCUUGCUGUACGCAAGACCAGGCGGCCAGCAGCGCCGGUUGACGAGCUUGGAGACCUUCCAACCGCCGACAGCCAGACGAUUGGCGAUCACGCCUCGCCGCUAUCUGUCGUCUCUUGUCGCAACCGUCGACUUUCUGUCUCCUCGAAUACAUCCAUUAGCGUUGGCUCAACCGCGGAUAGCCCAUUUGCUGGCUCGUCUCAUUCCACUACAGUGACCCCUCUGGGUCUUGCUGGUCCAAAGCCACGAUCAAGGCGUAUGUCAAUGAGUCCUGAGAGUGAGGCUUGGGUAGAGGAUGUCCUCGGACAAGCACGAAAAAACGUGUCUUUGAAGCUACCUAAACCUGGUGCGACCCGCACAGGACGAGAAAGCAGCUUAUCCAAACGGCCAAGUGAGCCGAAAUUGCGCAGUGUCAGCGAUAUUGGCACUGCUGGUUUGAAUAAGAGAGUAUUACUGCGCGGACUUGACAGGCGAAGAGAGUCAAGUCAAGGACUGUAA